AUGACAAUGUUUGGUCUGGCAAUGGCCUUCGUGGUCGCCGAAGUCACACCUCUGUUCCUGGUGACGAGCUUCACAGUCAUUGCCUUCGACCUCGAUGCCAUCGACAACCUAGUCUGGAUUCUCGUCGCACCUUAUAUUUCCACGGGAGCAAUUGCACCUUUCGUGGGGAGCUUGUCAGACUUGAUGGGCCGCAAAGGCAUUAUCUGUUUCAGUCUGGUCCUGGCAGUCAUCUCUUUCAUCCUGCAAGCCGCUGCUCCGAACUUUGCUUGCUAUCUUUGUGGACAAGUCGUUGCCGGAGCUGCCAUAGGAAUCCAGAUUUUGACCGUCAUUGCCGCUGCGUCCGAACUUGUGCCUGUUGCGAAACGUGGCGCCACAAUCGGCUAUAUUGUCAUGGGAUUCCUGCCCUUCGCUGCUGCAUCAUUGUACGGACAGCUCAUCGCUGAGCAUAAUUGGAGGUACAUUUAUCUGGUGCUGGGAGUCUGGUCUGCGAUCUCGCUGGUUGUGCUCGUGAUCUACUACAAUCCUCCACCACGACCUUCAGCCAUCGGCCUGUCGAAGAUGGAACUGCUGAAGCGACUUGACUGGGGUGGCAGUAUUCUAUCGAUCCUUGGAGUGGUUCUGUUCCUCAUAGGAAUCAACUGGGGCGGUCAGUUCUAUCCCUGGAGGUCGGCACGAGUCAUCUGCAUGCUGAUGUUCGGCCUUGUAACUCUGGUCAUCUUUGGCUGCUAUGAGCGAUGGGUCACCAAGUAUCCAAUGUUCCCGGCCCGUCUUGUCCAGAGCAAAAGACAUUUCUUCUCUGUUUCCGCGCUUUGUCUGACUUCUGGUAUCAACUAUGUACCCUUGACGGUGUUCUGGACGAUUCAGACAUAUACUGUCUAUGGCGCGAGUUUCAAGGACGCCGGCAUCUGGUUGUUGCCGCUCGGUUUCUGUAUUGCCGGUGGUGCAAUCGCAUCAGCAAUCUUGAUCACGGUAUUCAAAAAUCACAUCCAGUGGGUUCUGCUAUUCUUCUGCUGCUUGCAGGUGAUUGGCAUGGGCUGUAUGUCCCUAUUCGAUCCGGCCGACAUCAACACAGUCUGGGCGCCAAUGAUCUUCGGCCUCAUCGGUGUGGGUGCGGUUCUGCUUCCAUCGCAAGUCGUUUUCUCGGUCAUUUGCCCUGACGAUCUGAUUGCUACCUCUGUGGCUCUCAGCUUGGUCAUUCGCAUGAUCGGCCAGGUCGUUGGCAAAUCAAUGUUCUACAACAUUUUCAAGUCUCGGGUGCGGAAGCUGGCUGCUUCUGAUCCGUAUCUCAUCGCCUUUCCAGCUCUGAGUGUCGGCUUUGGCGACAGUGACAAUCCAGUCGAACGAAUCGAACAGCUUGUUACGAGUAUGACGGCAGGUCCUCUUAGCCACUACCUUGAGCUGUUUCCAGAGAUCAACACACCUGAAGAGCUCGCCACGAUUGUGCAGGCUGGGCAGAACUUGUACGCCAAAUGUUUCCCGCUGCUGUACUAUGUCAGCAUUCCAUUUGGAGUGCUUGCGAUUCUCAGCUGCUUCGGGCUGUGGGGAAUUGACAAGUACAUGACCAAGAGAGUGGCUGUACAUUUGUAG